CACGUUUUAUAGCAGAAAGGCGCACGAGCCAUCAGGCGUAGUCGGUCGUCUUCACGGACAAAACAAACUUCACCAACAUGCAUCUGCUGUGGAUUAACCUCCUAUUAUUGGCUUUGACGGUGGGGGCUCCUGCCCAGCCCGUCUGUGACCCCACAACACAAUAUGAAGUCAAAGGCGAAUGCUGCAAGAUGUGUCCUCCAGGGACAAAAAUGACAACACUGGGCUCCUGUCAGAAACCUGAAUGCAGAGAGUGUGAAGAGGGUCGAUACACAGAUACAUACACCGAACAACAGGAGUGUGAAAAACAGCCAUACUGUGACCCAAAUAAAAAAUUUCAGCGGGCUGUGCAUAAAAGUAAGAAGGAACGAACCGAGUGCCAGUGUCAGCUGGGGUUCCACUGCUCCAGUGAAAGCUGCAUAACCUGUGUACCACACAAAGUGUGUGGACCAGGAGAGGGGGCUGCCAUCAAAGGUGAUCAUUCACGUGACACAACGUGUCAAAGAUGCCCUGAUGGGACAUUUUCCAAUGAGACUUCAUGGAACAGUGACUGCAAGAAAUGGACUGAAUGUAAGAGUGGAGACCAAAUUCAAAAAGCUGGGACUCACAUGUCUGACAUUGUCUGUGAGCCCUGGCGUUCUCAUGUAGUAGCUUGGGUCAGUGUUCUGGUGGUUGUAUUCAUACUUGUAUGUGGCGUCUUUAUUUGGCGUUACAGGAAAGGUAAAUCAGGAAACUUAAAGAUCUGCGAGUCGGGUUGGGAGGAAAAACCAAAACAAAAG